AUGGCGAAUAAAUUUGGAUUAGGUUCUUUACCUUUAGAUACUAAAAAACCUAACACAACAGCAUGGAUAAAUAAAGCAAAACCUUACUUUGUGGAUCAAAUUGGAGACAAACUUCAAGGUGAUUUAGAUAUGAAUAAUUUUACCAUAACUAAUUUAAAGUUACCAGAAAAUGAUUAUGAUGCUGUUCACAAGAAAUAUUUAAUGGAUCAAUUAAAUUUGAUUAAAGUAAAUAAAGAACAUUUAAAAGAAAGAACAGGCGAUGUGAAAGGUAUAAGUGAAGAUAAAUUAACAACAUUAGAAACUAAACUUAUUGAUAAUAGUGAAAUACAAAAACAAAUAGUUGGUAUUAAACAACAAUUACUUAAUGUAGUAGAUAAAACUCAAUUAGAACAUUUAAAAUUAUUAAUAUCUAAAUUAUAUGAUAAGAUAACAAAACAAAAAAUAGACCUUAAUAGAUAA